AUGCCGUCAGCGCAUCCCGAUACUAGCGCGCAGGAUGCGCAGCCGUCCACUCCGUUAUCCACUCAGUCACGCUUCAUUGGCUCCAACCCCUUUCGCCGUGCUCCCGGCUCUGCUGCCGCUCGCGGAAUGCUAGCCCGUCUCGCAAGCGUAUCUUCCUCGUCUUCUUCCCCCCUUCCUCGUGCGCAAAAUCAAUCGUCCAAGGGCGCACAGUCUGGUAGCACAAGACCUGCCAUCGGCUCUCGCAUCGCAUCCCGCGCUUCUCGCAGAUCUUUCGACUUGACCGGCGCCAACUUGCAGGAACUCAGCAAGUCGAAUGGCAAGUUCAAGAGCCUCGCAAAGUGGGACUCACAACAGCAGGCGCCCGAGCCUUUCAUGGAAGCCUCGGAUUCAACUGCUGCCGAACGAGAGCGCACCUCGGCCCUCAAGCUGCACUCUGCGCUCGCUUCCGGUAGCACAGCCGCUGCACAAGCCCACGCUCAAAGUCGUGGUCUCGGCCAGCCCACCUUGCCACCUACCUCCUCCAUAUCUUGUCCCCUACCCUCGUCCACAUCUCCAUCUUCCACCUCGCCCAUCUCAGCUGCCUCCCAACUUCCCACAGUAUCCCAGACCAUCGAAGCGCUCGGCAACAGUGGCGUUCAUCCCGACAUUCUUGGCACAGCGCAAUCGUCGACCAUGCAAACACAGCCAGCGCCUGCGCUCGUCGCUGCUCCUGUGACUCCAGUCAGCCACUCGAGCAAAUCCACGCCCAUCGAGUUGCACCUCAAAACCAUCAGCCGCGACAGCCGCGACAGCGCUACGCCGUGCACCACGCCCCCGCUCAAAAGUCGACAGCACUCUCAUUCCGAACAAGCCACCCUCGACAACCACAUGGUAGCACGAGCCGCACAACUCGUCCUCGAAGCUGCUCGUCAACAGGCUCGUGUCGAGACCAGAAAGAAGGGCAGAUCCGCCCCAGCUUCGCCCAAACGUAGCCUUGGCAAUCUGUCGUCCGACGCCAUAACAACUACCAACAGUAGCACCAACGGCAUGGCUGCCGCACAAGAGCCCGCACAAGAUUUGGACGAGGCUCACUCAGAGCUUCAACGCACCUCUUGCCAGCGUACUCGUUCCAAGUCGGAUGCCGGUACAGAGACCCAAGUCAAGCGACGCAAGAGCUUUCUCCAGUCCAUGGUUUCCAAAUCACGCCGCGCAAGCUCGCAACCAUUGGACCCCGAAUCCGAUUCACCCACUGCUGAUGCCAACAGCCCCACCACAGCUUCUGGUACCACGUCCGGAACCGUCACUCCGGGCGGCAGACGGCGAAGGUACGUCGACACGCGCGAUCUCGAUCUACUGGCUCGCGAACUUGCCGCCGAAGCGAUCGCAGAACAGCUUCCUCAACCUCCGUAUGCGCGUCCGAGUCGCAGCGGCAGUUCCUCGCCUCAUCGCGUCAAAGCGUUGAACGAUCCUCGCCGUCGUUCCUUCCCUAGCAUUCUCGAGGAUUCGCCUCUGCAGGACGACAGCAUCUCCUCGAUUCGUUCUGCGCCCAACGGACUCAAGCCCAUGACGCCACUUCAUGCAUCGCCGCCAUCCAACGCACCCAAUGCACGUGCCAAAGCUGCAGAUGUCAAGAGCCAUGGCCUGGUCUCUGCUUCGCCCUGGGAUCCCACCAAGGGCCUUGUCCCUAAGGAAAUGUUUCUCGGCCUUGGCGGUUCGCCGUAUCCCUCGCUAGCACCUCCAAGCUUGCGCUCCGAUACCUCGACACUCCACACUCUGGAUCCGUUCGGUAUUCCUGUGACCCACGAGAGCUCUCCCUACGACGCCACCACGGCCUACGCCAACAAGACCACAGUCUACCAUACCCCUAGCCAGGUGGCCGUGUCUCGCAACCUCUCAAACAAUCCGAAUCUGGCUGCGUCGCAGACCAACGCCAAGACUAGGCGUCGGCCAGUCCUGACCAUGACCAUGAACGACCCAGUGGCCGAACUACAAGGCCUCACCAAGCCACCCAAGGAAUUUGGCACCAAGCGACUCACGCCUUUCGGAAGCCGCGCCGGCAGUCGAGCACCGAGUCCCAGCCCCUCGCUUACCGACCUCAAAAGAGAGGCUGCUAAGGAUGAGCAGAAUGUUUCGGCCGCCGAUACCAGAGUGCCGAGUGCCGACGCCGACGAAAAAGUGGCGAGCAGGCGAAACUCGAUGGCGCCGUCCGAGAUGAGCAUUCGAUCAAGUCUAGCUCCCGUUACUUCAAGCAAGCAGAACCGCCUAUCGAUGCUGUUCGGCAACAAGUCGAAAGUGCAAGUGGAUACGCUCUCAAGUGUCACGACACCGUCCAACGUUGCGUCCGAUGAGGCAUCGACAAGCGCCUCGCCAGAACGGAGCAUAUAUGCGACGCCAACUGGCGAGACGCCGUCUCUGGUUACGUCGCCGCAGUCGGUUGCGAUUUCUGCUGGAAGCGAUGCAGAUGUCUCACCGGUAGCAUUCCGCCAACUGGACCUUGCUGCUACGCACGAUACGUCUCGCUCGAGCCAGCCAUCCAGCGUUACGCCUAGUCGUCGAUCAAGCCUUGUGUUUGACUCUGCGGAGCCAUCGGUAGCGGGAGCCAAGAAGCGCCCUGUGAGGGCUCUCUUGCGCCGGCUAAGCAGCUUCAGCUCCAAGAAAAAGGAGAGCAAGGUGGAGAAGCUCCAUGUUCCUGAUGCCAGUACUAUGCCUGUCGUGGACAUGGACAAGCUCAAACAGCUUAGCGAAGCCAAGGACGAGCGGGCGAACGACGCGGACGGUGCUGGCACGGUUUCGGAAGUGAUCGAACAUCUGAACGUCUCAAAGAGCGACAGCAAAGCCAGCAGUGUCGAUGCAGUGACCACGUCGGAUGUUGUCAAAGACGAGGUAGCCGAGGCUCACGGUGACGCGAACGUCAAGACCGGGCUCGUUGCUGCAGUGAGAGAACUUGACCUCUCGAACGCAUCACCGGUGCCGGUCAACGAGGAGAUGGCAAAGAAUGGCUUUGGCACACGAUCUGCUUACAAAUUCACAGGCAGCCGCGGUACGCUCGACAAGGUAGAGCGAGUCGAGCUAGAUGACGAGAUUGACAGUGAAGCUCAGCAGAAGGAGCAAGUGGAACGAGGCGUUCAGGAGGAACAAGCCAUGUUGGCAGCGGAGGAUGCGUGGGAUAGCAAGCGUGCCGGCCAAAUUGCGAGGAGCGACUCGCAGACUCCAUCAUCAGAGGACUCGUUCUUCCUCGGAAGCGGUCCGAGCAACACGAGCCGACCUGGAAGCGGCGCACUGAUGAAGCACGGAAGCGAGAGUGCUAUCAGUGAGGAACUACACACGCCGGACCCUUCCACCGCCUACCUACCAGCGACCAAGAUGGAAGAGGCUAUGAUGGAAGGAGCUUCGACGCUGUCGUCGGCCGUGAGCGAUGCAACUGCAACUGCAACUGCUGCUGCUGCUGCGGCGGCGGCGGCGGCGGCGUCGGUCAAGAUGGUGGCAUCGGCCGACGGCGCUGUGACGAGUCCUGUGGUGACUGCGCUGCCGAACGGUCACCUUAGUACAGGCAGUGCGAUUUGA